CUACGACGAGAAGCUCGCGGAGUUCUCGUCGCUGGUGAAGGAGAGUCACGAUUGGUUGAAUGACUAUGUUUCGGACUCUUUGGGGCUGCCGAGAUCGGUGGAAGAAACGCCGGAGGCCCUGCAGGUCGAGAACGGCGUCGAGAAGGAUCUGCUUUCGUCUGGCGAUGACGAGUUCGUGGAUGCAGAAACGGAUCAAGACCAGAAGCAAGAACGUGCAUUGAUAGCCGAGAAUCGACCUGCAACGCCCGAGAUCGAGAAAUCCGAAGUCCUACCCACCGACGUCAAGGAACAGGCUGCAACGAAGAAUGAUGAUACAGUAGUUGCUCAGGAUCAAUUGGCAGAUGCAGCAGAUCAGGUGGCGAUCGAGAAUCACGACAACGAGGAGGAAAUCGGUAUGGUGGACGAACCAGUUCCGGAAGACAUGCAUGUGAUUCCUCCGCCAAAGGAGGUUCAGGAUAAUGAGGCACAGGAGACGCCUGCUGAGGAAGAGGAAGAUGAUGAUGUGAUCUUGACGGAAGCACCGAGUGAGAAGGUCAUGGAAGAAGAGGUCCAGAAGGACGAGGAGGUGGAGGAGGCAGUACAGGCAAUUGUCCACACUGAGGAAGACCUUCCAAAAGAUCAUGAGGUGGAUACGCCAAAUAAGGAUGACGACGCUACGUCUCCACAACGACAGGCAUCACCGGAACAGCCGCCUCCACAAGCCGCCCUUCUACCGUCCUCACCACCCUCGAAACCCGCAGAGGUAUCCGAAAAGUUAUCUACAGCACGAAGAUCAACAGAGGAACGCUACUACGACUACGAGGAGCCUACUCGAGAGGAGACCGAUGAUCAUGACGCUUCAUUCAAUGCUAAUGCUUCGCAACAUGGUGCACCUUCAUCGCCAACACUUUCAUCAGCGCCCGCAUCAAGUCUGAACUUCGCGUCUUUGCCAAAACGACAACCAUUGGGGAAGAAAAGUCUAGGUAAGCAGGCCAGUGGACAAGCGGGUGGGUCGAGGACAAGCAUGCUGGAAGGCCUUCUCAAAAACCCUGGUUCUUCAUCCUAUUCUUUGGGAUCCAAGAAAUCCCUGGGCCUGGUCUCAAACCCCGAAAAUGUGCCCGAAAAUGUGCAGGAAGCAGAUGAGAACAUCGAUGAGCCUCGGAGUGUUGAUCGUGUGGACGAGGAGUUGCAUCGUGGCGAGGAAAGAAUAAAGAGCGUAUUUUCGACUGGAAGUAUGCGAAUACACGAGGCGCUUAACUCGCUCAUGUCGAAGAAAUCUAUGGCAGGGUUGGGACACUUGCAGACGGAGGCGACACCGAAGCCAGUUUCUUUGCCACGGGACGACGUGGAAAGCGCGGAAGUUACACCGAGACCCGCUGCGGAGGCGGAGGAACAAGAGAGGGAAGAAGACGAGGAUCGAAUGAGUCUCACACCGAAGGCGGUAACAGAAAGGGAAGAGGUACAAACAGUUGUGAAAGAAGCCCAGGCUCCGGUACCUACACAUGGCGUCUCACCAACUCUGGAUUACGAGAGUGAGGACGACUGGGUACCCAAGGUUGACUUCAUCUCACAAACACCCAAGUUACCAAGAACGAAGCUGCAGGCCCAGGUCACGGGUUCACCAGAAGAGGAGUCAGGGAAGCUGUAUCCCAGCUUACCAGGAAUGGAUACCUGGGAGGCAUCGCCCCCGCGUCAAGCAAGGAAGGAAGAAGCCGAGCCCGUACUCGCUUCACCUGCGCCAACCUCCCUGUUCCAGGCUGCUAAGAUGGGUGCUUCGUCGGCAUUGCGCUUCGCCAAGUCUGCAAUGAUGGGUAGUGCGCAUGAAUCGCCUUUACCCGCACACAAGCCUCCGACAGCGAGUGAGGAAGUCUUGACUGAAGGGCCUGUUCCGGUGACCGAGAAAGGCUCGAAACUGUAUCCUGACCUUUCUUCUGUUACGCAGACCCAGGGAUCUGCUGCGCUAGCAUCGCCAUCAAAGAUCCGGAAGGCGCCGUUAUGGCAGAAUGGGUCGCCAAUGAAGCCGUUCUCGAGACUCGGUACCCCGGUCAAGUCCGCGAAAAAUCUUGGCAAGGGGUUGGACGACCCGUUUGGACCAAGACAGUUGUUCGCUGUCAAAGAUGGCGCACGGACACCCAUGGGAAUUCCUUCCAAACCAUUAAAGACGCCAUUGACGAGGGCGGUGAGUCCGGUGAAGGUGCCAAACUACAUGAGUCCGACCAAGAGUUUCAUGAAGAAGGAUGUAGGGGAAGCGGGCCCGGCUCGGGUCACGAGGGCAGCAGCAGCAGCGGCGAGUGUGACAAACACUCCUGUCGCGUUGCCCAAGUCCAAUUCUGCUUCGGCGUCGCCACCUCCGGUGGAGGAGGCUGAAGUCUCGAGGCCGAGGGAGGACAUCAAUGCACCGCAGCUGAACCCACUUGCAAUGGCAGCCAAGAAGACCAUUCUGAGGCCCACUCCGGGUGCUAUGCAGUUGAAGGCGAAUAAGCCUGUCAUUCGUGUACCAACAGCGAGCCAAAGGACCCUUCAACCGCCGUCACAGGUUUCCAUGCCGUCUAUUCCGUCUAUGCCAGCUGCCGUGGCUCCUGCCAUGCCAGUAUCGACGCCGGUUGCCCUUCCCGUUACGAAACCAGCUGGUUUGACUGAGCCAGUUCCAGUCGAGUCUGAACAAGCAAGAACGACCCGAGCUGCUCCACCCGCAGCACCACCGAAGCACAUCAAAGCAAUGACCGCUGCCUCCAACGCCAAGAAGAAGGAGCAAAUGGAGAAGGAGAGGCGUGCGGCGCAGAAAGCCGAGAUCGAGAAGCGAAGGGCAGAAAACAUCCAGAAGCAGCGCGAGGAAGAGGAGCGGAAGAGGCUGGAGGCGCAGCGUAAGGCACAAGGAUUGGACGCGAACGGGGAGAAGAAGAGGAAGGUUGUAAUGGAGCCAGUAUCACAGCCGGCACCCAAGCGACCUCUGCGAACGGUCCCAAGCAAACAGAAUUUGGGCCGUGAACCGAGUGAAGAGCCUGUAGCGGGCAAGUACGCUCCACCUCAACCCCAAGCUCAGCAGACGUUGAAGAGGGUGUACGAAGCCGACCCUGAUGUUGCGGAGAUUACGAUUGCAUCAAUGAGGUCAGCUGCUCCAUCAUCGAUCCGUCCGGUUGGGACUGGGCUUACGCAAGAGGCCAAGCGCCGCCGUACUGAAGAUGUACAGCAGGAGCAGCCUUCGUUGACAGGUAAGCCCAUGCGUGCUUCUGUCGCGAGGGCUCCAGGCGCCAAGCUUCAGCCAAACAAGUUUAUGGGUUCUUCUAUGAUGUCCAGCGGCGCUACCAAACUCCAGCAACAGCCCAAGUUCGGACCCGCACAAACAAAGACUGCGGGUGUGCCCAUGGUCGAGGGCGUGAAGUUCUCGACCGACACCAUCAGGUUUGCGG